AUACUUUUUGUAACACAAGGUCCUAAGUGCUAUCCUUUGGUAUGAAGAAAGUGCUAUAGAUGGGCAGGAGUGUAACCAGUCUUACAGAUGUCUAAGAAAAUUUGCAUUGCUACCAAGGAAACAACAGAAGACUGUCAUAGAUGCCACCCAUCUCAAGUCUUCAAUCUUUUAUCUUUCUAUAUAUGCUACGUAAAGCCUCUGUCCUUUGCAACAACUCUUAAAUCACUCUUCUUUUGCAGGAGCUUAUCAUAUACUCUCCAAAGGAACCCUAUUACUUUUUUUAAUUUAAAAAAUUUUAAUGUUUGUUUAUUUUUGAGGGGGGAGGGGCAGAGAGAGAGGGAGACAGAGAAUCUGAAGCAGGCUCCAGGCUCUGGCUGUCAGCACAGUCUGACAUGGGUGGGGCUCAACACAACAAUCCUCGAGAUCAUGACCUGAGCUGAAGUCUGAUGUUCAACUGAUUGAGCCACCCAGGUGCUUCAGGAGCCCUAUUUCUUAAUCUGAGUCCUUCACAUGAGAAGCCAGAAGCUUCCAAUACUUCCCACUUAAAAAUUUACCUACAACCCCAACUAUCCACAACCCCCUCACCUUCCUCCUCUUCAGAAUUGCAUCCCUUCACCUGUUAGUUUUCAUUUCUGGCUCCACACCCACUCAUCUCCCUAAGGACUUUCCCUAACUGAUUAUCAGCCUCCUACAUCCUUUAUGCCAUUCACAUAGGGUUUUUUGUAAUACUUUUAAAAAUGCUUAAAUAUUAGCCAAUGUUUAAAAAAUCAUUCAUCUCUUCCCUAGCAUCCUAAAAUAAUCUAAAUGCAUUUCUUCACCUCCCAUUCACUUCUUAAAUCUCUGCCGCCUGGCCUCUACCUCUUCUUCAUUAUAAUAGUUCUUGCCAAGCCCUAAUAAUCCCAUGUGAAAAACUGGAUGUGCACGGUUUUCUCUGUAUCUUGACUACUCUAUAGUUCCUCAGCCAGUAGGCAGCUCCUUUCUUGCUCUUGUCCCUUGGCCUCUGCGAUAGCUCCUGAUUCUGAAUUUCCUCUUACUGCUUUGUCCACCGCACUUCAUCUUUCUUUCUUUACUGAAAUCUAUUCCUUGACUCACAAUAAGUAUCAGUGUUCCUCAGAACUUCAUAACCAGCACUGCCCACCUUCCUCCCAAUGCCCCAGGUCCAGCAUUCUCCUUAAUCCACAGUUUUAACAUCUACACACUUUUUGUUUAACCAAGCCCCAACUUUCUCAACUGCAGACCUGGAAAGCCAACACUCUGCUGUGCACCUCCACUUGAAUGCACUAUACUUAAUUUAAAAUUUGGACAACAUGUCCAAAAGCCUAUUUACCCUCUUCCUAUCCCCCUCCCAAAUACUCACCAUCCAAAGUAUUUUCUAUUACCUAUUCAUCAACAAGACCUGGACCUAGUAAGAAUCAUGCUAGAUUUCUCCCUCUCUUUAGCCAUGAAAAAUUCUUGAUAGGCUCAACCUAUUAUUUAAUGGUUCCUCAAUCCAAUGUCUGUUGUAUGAAUUAGACAUUUAUCAUCUUUCUUUUGAGAUACUGCCGUAACCUCUUGACUAGCUCCUUACCUCCAGCCUCAGUGUUUUCCCAUCUUAGCCUCAAUGUAUUUUCCACAGUUCCCAAAAUAACUGUUCUAAAUGCAAAUGUGCACUCUUUUGCCUAAUACACUUUAACAACACCCCCCGCCCCCUUCAAGCUAAAUUCUAAGUGCGUUAUCAUCGAAUGCAAACUAGAUCCUUCAAGAUCCUGUCCAGCCCCACCUCUUGUACUCCCUCAUUUCCAAACUAAGCUCCAAUCAUAAUGACCUCUUACAAUUCCAUGAAUCUGCAAAUGCCCUCUCAUCUCCAUACCUCUGCACAUGCUGGCAAACGUGUACAGGUAAGAGUACACAAUCUGGAGUCAGACCUUGGCUCAAGACUUAGCACUUUAUACUUGUAUAACCUUUGUCACGUUUUUUAACCUCUGUACCUCAGUCUCCUCAUCCAGAAAAUGUGUAGUGACAGUGUAUACAUCAUAGAGAUUUUAAGACUUAAUGAGAUAAUAAAUAUUACGUUCUUAGUGCAGUGCUUUUGCAUACAUAGGAAAUGUUCAAUAAAUGGCAGCUAUAGUCUGCUACUUUUGGUUCUUCCUACUAAAACACAAUGGAGAUGUUCAGUCCUGUCCUCCCCUCCUUCCCUACCACUACUCAGUCGUAUUCAUCCCCUCCUUAUUGCUCAUACUGCCCCCUGUUCAAGUUUUGUCACUGCACUCAACUACUGAAUCCUGCAAUUACUGUUUUCCUUAACCGAAAUCUCCAUUAGUCUCAGAAGGCAGAGAAACAAUGACAGUGUCUUCAUUUGGUAUCCUAUGUAUGGAUCCAGGGUCCAACAAAUACAAAGCAAUACAUUCCCUAUGAAUGUAAAAAAAUGUAAAGUAUGAAUUCCAAGAAAUCAAAAUCUAAACACUGUAGCAAAAAGGAUUCACUCUUCUUUCAUAUGUCCAGUGAAUCUUCCACUGCUUCUCACUUCAAUAGACCUCAUUAUGGAAUUGAGAAGCAACAUAGUUUAGUGGACAAUCUGGAACAAGUCAGUUGCAAACUGCAUGGAAGAGUUUCUUAAGAAUUACAUGAAUGUAAUGAUCUUCCUAGAGGAUGGUAUUUAAGCUAGGUCUUGAAGGAGAAGUAGGAAUGGUAUAGAAAAGGAAGGGCUUUCCAGGCAGAGUAUGUAACAUGCACAGAGGAAUAAGGAAAGUGGGUAACAGGAGGCAGAAGAUUAUUCAAGUGAACACUAGGAACAAGGGAUGGUAAAGAAAUACUGUAAAGGCUUCCCUGCAUGUCACUCUGAGCAGCUGGGACUGGAUAAUAUAAGCAACAGCAAAACACUCAGGUUUACUUGCAUUAAAAAAACAGUACAGUAGUAUGAAGGGUAAACUGAGGGCAGGAAGGGAGAUAGGAAAGGAAGGCCCACUAAGAGAUCACCACUACAAUAGUCCAGGUAAUUGACACCUGGAGAGAAAGCCAAACAUUACAGUAAAAAUCUAAUAUAAUCAACAUAUGUCGGAUGUGGGAAACAAGGGGAAAGAGGAAAGAAUUAAAGUUAUUUACUAAGAGUAUGUAUAACUCAUUAGAUUGUGGAUUUUAUUGAGAAAAGAGUUUUGGACAUUUACAGGGGAAUAUUCUUUCAAUAUUUAAUAGGCUAGGUAUUAAAGUACCUGCAGUACAAUGAAAUGAGGAUGUCCAAUAGUUCCCAGGUCAUAUGGAUCUGGAUUUAAGAAGAAAGGUCAGAACUAUUAAUACCUGGGAAUCACCAAGAUAACAGCUGGUAAGUGAAAAUUGUGAGCAUAAUCAAGAUUGCCCAGAGAGUACUUGCAAAGCAAACAGCAGGAAGAAGAGAAUAAAAUGUUGGAGAACACCAAGAUUUAUGGAAAAAUCAUUAAAGAGGAACAAAUCAAGGAAGUGAGAAAAAGAAGUGAGAGCAGCAAAGAAUACCACUGCAGACCACCAAAGAAGGGUCUUUAUAUGAACAAAAUAGUUCUUAAAUGGUAUGAGUAAAGACAGCCUCUAGAUUAAAAACUACAUUAUUAGCUUCUUUAUCUACACCAAUAUCAGCAGACUAGUGGGAGCAAACAUCAUGCACUGGGAAGUGAAUGGGUGGGAAGAAGGAAGAAGCAGUUAUUUUUUUCAAUAGAUUUGGCAGUGUAAGAAAGCAGACAGAGAAAGCAACAGAAAGAGUCUGGAAAAGGGGACAAGGGCAAGGUUUUUUGGUUUUUCUUCUUUGUUUGUAAUAGGGGGUAAAACUUAAGCAUGUGUGUAAGAAGCCAAUGGAGAAGGAGAGAUCUAAGAUGAAAGAUCUAAGACCAAAAGGGGUAAAACUUGAGCAUGUGUGGAAGAAGCCAAUGGAAAGGUAGAGAUCUAAGAUGAAAGAAUUAAGCUGUCUGGGCAAGUCUCCAAGAUGGUGGAAGUGAAAGAGCUGUAGACAGGUGAACCUUUCCUUGGAAAGGUGAAUGGGUAUACUUCUGAAACUGGGGAAGGGAGGAGAAUGAGAUGAAGGCCGCUUAAGAUAUUGCAGAUAAGUUUAGUAAUGGUGGGAGGGAAGCUGAGCGAGUCCACACCACACAUCACUAUUUUUUGCAGUAGAGUAGGAAGUUAAUUAUCUGCUUGAAAUGGAUGUUCAGGAAUGGGGUAAGAAGCCUAACAGUCACUAAGGUAAAUGAAGCAAAGCUCAAGAGUAAAGAUAACAGCUCAAAGUGAAUCCUACCAGUUUUUGCCAUUAGAUCAAGCCCUUGGUAUGAAGACCUGGAGUCUCAAACUGAAUCGGGUUAGAAUUAGGGUCAAAAAGGAGGAUCUAGACAGCUCUCUCCCCAACAGAGACCAAAAAAGCCCUGGAGGAAAGUAGGGGUGUCCACAAGGUGUUCAGUAAUCCCCCACUAGAUUUAAAGUGGCCUUAUGAGGACAGAAGUGGUCAACCUAGAAUUGCAAGGGAGAGAAAGUUUCAAGUUAGUAACAUCCAGAAUUAUGGGCUUCUCAAGCAUUUAAAAUACAUUAAAUGUCACCAGGAGAUAAAAACAAACAAAAUUUCCUAUCCUUUAUAUACUACAUUUUAAGUUACUGAGAAGCAAAAGAUCUGAAAUUUAUCUGUUAUACACAAGAGGGCCUUACAAAGUGCUUAGAGCAUAGCACGGGCUCAUAUUUGCUCAAAAUGGAAAAAGGAGUUUUGACAGACCUUGCAGUUGCCAAAUGCCUUACCUUACCUUUUAACUGUAAGUGUGACAUGUAUCCAAAUAUGCACUUUUAUUCUCUUAAUCUCAAACUCUGGGGUUGACCAGAUUCUGAGUCUUAUAUAACUGUUCCACAGAUAGCAAAUGUAAUAUUCAGAGUUUAGAACUCAUAAUUCCCAUUUCAACUCUACGUAACUACAAGGAAAAGUCCUUAGUCUAGGUAUAUCGGGAUCAAAUUUCUUGGGUGCUCUAUGUACUUUAGUACUACAUGAGUUUAACGAAAUCAAUCCUACACUAUUAUUUUUGCUCUUUUGUCAUGCAACUACUAUCUGCACUAGGACACAAAGUAAAAGUAGCUUUAUGACAACCCAAGAGUGCACUAUAUUAGUCUGAGUGAGACACAAAAUAUAAAAAUAUAGAGAUUUUUAUCUUAUAUAAAAAGGUAACAGCAAAAACCUAUAAUAUGGCUGAAAUGGUUAUAGGAAAAUUAUAUCACAAAAAGAACAUUAAAGUAUUAAAAACAAUGCCUAUAUAGCUAUAGAUGAACUAACAUUAAGGAAUACAAACUUGGUUUUAAUAAUAUGAGUGAUUACUGUGGACUUAGAAUAUUUAUCAAACUUGGGAAAAACACCUAUUUUUCUUCUUUAGAACCUGGUCUUUCAAAUCUCCAUUAACAGCUCAGUGGCAAAGAUAAAACAUCUGCCAAAAUACAGAUGACAGCAUGAGCAAGUGUCCUAAUGGUAGGCAUUUAGUGUAAUGCUUUAACACACUGCCUCUAGACUGCUGGGGAGGCCCCAUAAAUAAGUACUUUUAAAUAGGCAUUUACUUCCUUAAAAUGGCAACUUGUGUUUAAAAGCAAUACAUUCUUUAAGAGAAAAGAAAACAUUUUCAUUUAAGCAAGACACGUUACUACCAGACGUAGAUAAUAAAAAUGUUUUUUAAUCAGUGUACCCUUGAUUUUAAAAACUCACUUUGAACAAAGAAAAAUCAUUCAACCACUGAAAAGACAGUCAAUGUCCCUGCCAUUAUUUGAGUAAAGUUUUAUUUGCCAGUUGCUGAAAACUACUGAAACUGCUGAUGUGCUUUAAAAAGAAAAAAAAAAAAAAAGUAUAAUUGGGCUUAUAGGGGAGGGGGGAGGAAAGGAGCCUAGUAAUUCAUUCUGCAUCUUGUAAACCAACAGGGGGGUGGCAGUUUGCCUGAAAGUAGAUGAAAGGAGCAUUUUAGAUAACUUCUUUUACCACAAAGGUCAACUGAAACUGUAGUGUCUUCAAAAAAAUGCCUUCGAUUAACAGUCAUCUAUAAAUGAAACUGAAAGCAAAAUCAAACUUCAGUACAAAUAAACCUAUAAAUAUGUGACUUUCUUACUCAUUUUGGAUUCUAAACUCAGUCUCUUAAAUACCCUGGUUGGUAAUUACUUGUGUUCUGAGACUGUUAACAUAUCUUCAUACAUGUCCUUUUUAAAACCACAUAUUAAACACACACAAAAUCUAUUAUAUCUUAUGACAAACACGAUCACUUCUUGUUUUAUAGUCAACAAAACUCAAAAGUAUAAUGCCUCUAUUUUUUUUCCAGGUUAUUAACUAACUACACUAAAGUACUAUAAAUUGUGAAUUCUGUGACUGUGGGGACUUGAGCAUAUUUAUAUUGUAUGUAAAUGAGUACCAAUUACAUGUGAUCUUAACUAUUAUUAAAUAUGGCCUAACAAAAAUCCUAUCUCCAAAAGUACCAUUAUAACAGUUCUUUCCAAUCUGCUUGAAAACAGGACCUCUGUUUUUAAAAUACUAUAUGACUUACACUUCUUAUUCUUCAGACUAGCUUUGAUGCCAAUGGUCUGAGUUAUUGGUAUUUUAUUACAAAUUUGUAAUUUGGUUCAACAUGAAGGCUUUCUGAUCCUACAACAGGUUUCUGAAAGCAGUAUUAUUUUAGGUAUAGUAAUAGUAAUGGCAAUAAGCCACUAAUGAUAACAAGAAAAUACUACCUGAUCUAAUAACAACUCUUUAGAUAAUAAAGAUAUCAUUAACAGCUCCAACAACCCAGGAUGUUUCAGAGACUGAGGAAAGUGGUAACCAAGGAUUUAAAGGCAUAAUGGAAGUGGCUUGAAGUCACAAACCUUUAUAAAUGACACAAGGAGGCUAAUAAUCGGUUUAAAAUCUAAUUAAUUUAGCAUUCUAGAAUUCAAUUUAACAAUUGCUUCCUACUUUUACUCAAAUUCAGUUCUGAAUCUUACAAAAAGUUCACAGAAGACUGUACAGAUGUGAAGUAUUACAGGCACCUGAGAACCACAAAAAUUCCUAUUCCUCACUUUUUACAGAGGAAGCACACGUUUAAAAAAAAAAAAAAAAAAAAGCAUUAAUGGAUUCCAAAAGCCUGGGGGGACCAAACGCCUUUGGCGUUGAAAGACACCAAAUCCCACUCUGCUGCAAAUAUGUUUGGACUCUAUAGAGGUUACGGUCUUCAUAUUUCAAACGAAAUCUGUAUUACUAUUAAGACGGUUCGCCCAAAUAAAGUAGAAAAACUUGGAACGGGCAAUAGGGCGUGGGGGUGGGUAGCGAGAGUUUCCAGGUAGCUUAUUUCUAGAGUUAAAAAAAAAAAAAAAAAAAAAGCACUCAAAAUAUUCUUCCUAUUAAAUGCUGGGUUGGAAAUGCAACUUAAUUGUGUCCUUUAUGUUUCCUUAACUCCUAUGUUCAAGUGGGAGGGCAAACAGGAGAAAUCCCAUCUUGCAGACUUCGCCAAAAUGCGCACUUCUAUCGCAAGAGGCCCGGGCCCUCCCACUCUCCCUCCUUCAUCCCCAAAUGCGUUUAAACACAGAGGAGGAAGCGGGGUGCAAAAGAGGGGGGGGGGCCAACAGUUGCCACCCCUCGCCUCCGAUCGCGCUCUUUCUCUCCACAGUUAAUAUCUGCGCGAGGUGCACGGCUCAGAACCUUCUUCGGUGUGCAUCUGGAGGUGGAGUACGGGGGGGGGGGGGCGGUGAGGGAAGGAGAGGAACUCUUCUCCCACCGAUGGGGGGAAAAGGAAGAGAAGGGAAAGGAAGUAAGGGGGCGCAGGAUUACCCGAGGGCCCUCCCACGCUCGCACCCGGAGCGUGCAGGGCCCGAGCGUCCCGCGCUCGGACCACCCUUUCCAGGGCGACGCCGAGCCAGCCGGGGCGCAGCCCACACACCCGCGGGGGCGCCGAGACACGAGUCGCCGACCCAGGAAAAAGGGGCCACUCACCGCAGCAAGCCGAGCCCAGCAGCAGCAGCACCACCAGGGGCCACAUCGCGGCCGCCGUGGGGUCGCCGCCGGCGCCGCCGCAGGUGUCUGGAGCAGCCACCGAAGCAGUCACAGGCAGGAUCUGCCGCCACCGCCGUCACAAGCAGGACCGGCCGCCGCCGUCCGUCACUGGCAGGACCCGCCGCCCAGGCUGCCUGGCCGUGCGCACGCGCGCUCCUGCCACCCCCCCCCCCCCCCCGCUCGCUCCCCUCCCACCCUCCCGCUCUCCCGCCGCGCGAUACGCGCACGCGCACUCGCCCUCGCCCCGCCGCCGGGGCUGUUGACGCGAAGCCCUUCGGCUUUGCGGGCUCGAGUCCGCCCUCCGGUCUGCUCCGACGAGGUCUGGGUCCCGCUCCCCCGCAAUGGCACGCGCCGGACUUGCGAGUCACGUCCCGCCACCCUCCACUCCCCACCCCCACGGUGUAUUCGCCAGCCGCCACAGGAGGCUGAGCGUGUGUUCCUACGUUUACCCGGGACCUCCUUGCCCCCGCCCUCUCCGCGGUUCUCUCGUGCCUCUCACACCACCCAGGGCCCCGUGCCCUCCCUGCAACGGUCCUCUUCCGCUCUCACUCCCACCGUCACGCUUCAGGAGCGCCGCCUGGCGCUGCGCUCCCCCGACCUGGGCGUCUCCGCCCACACGAGCCCCUCCUGCCGCGUCCUCGCCCGAACCUGUGCCUGCGCCCCCUAAUUGCCGCCUCGGCCCCCCCCCUCAACGCGAGCGCACUCGCGUAGGGGCGUCGCUACGCUUCCCGACAGUCUGGGAGCCCGGGGCGCCUCUCUGAGUGUUGGGCGAGGGGGCGGGCCUGUCUGCGGCUAGGUCCCGCUCGCCCUCUUGGGCGCCGCUUCGGUCCACCUGCCCCACAAGCUUUUGUUUCCGGUGCGGUUGUGGGCUCCCCUCGCGCUUUCUCGCCUUGUUCUUUAGUGUGUUUCUCCUCUGAACAGGGUUCCUCCAGCACCUUCCGUCGUGGUGGUAAACAUCUUUAGGUGUGGUUGACGCCAAGCCCCCAGGUUCAGUCAGGCACGGUUGUAAACGUUGGCUGACACACUCAAGACGUCCCUUCCCAGGAUCCUCAAUUGAGCCUGCUCCAAUAUUCUGUGAUUCCACAACUGUGAGAGAAUAAACAUCUACCCUAGUGGCUUCUGCUGUGAACGCAUUCUUUAGGGAGACCUUACACGCUGCAUUACUCCAUCUUUCCCAAAUGCAAUUGGUGAUUAUGCUGGCUAGAGAUCAGUUGCUGGGAGGAAGAAACAUCGAAAGGGAGGCAACUGGCAGCUGAAACUAGCAGGGGGAGUUGGAAGAGCAGCUUAAAUCGUGUAUGUGCCUGAGGAGGCUUUAAAGGGCUGGAGGCAAAUUCCUGUGAAUCUUAGUUUCCUGGAGGUUAUUCAUAAUGGAGGGUUGUCAGCCGACCAGGCUAAGAAUAUUCAACUCAUUUUCAGAGAAAAAGCAAAGCAUCAUCUUCAACUUAACCUCUGCUGCUCUCUCAGAAUGCCUACACUUCAGACCCACUCACCCCUGCAUUAGGUACCCCUGGCAGUGUAAGCUGAUUUGGUGGCCCCUGGAGACCCACAGGAGAUAGCCAAGGUCUUUGUCAUUAGCUUCUCCAGGCCAUUUCCUCCCUCUUCUUUCUCAUCUCUCCUCACUGGGAGGUAUGUCUUCUGUCUGCCCAAAUUCUUUCUACCCAAGAAGUGGCUCUGUGCCAGUGGGGUUGUUUGCUGCAUGGAGAGCCGGCAAACCACUUUGGGAGUGAGCUGAUAGUAAUAUAUUUAGAAUAUGAGCAUUUAUCAGAAGCAGCAGAUGGAGGCAGCAGAGUGGAGCUCCCAGAACCGAGGGCAGGGAGUGUUUCAUUCAAGUGUAAAGCGCAUGCCAUCUAGACUCGGCUGGCACCAGCUCAUGAAACCAGUGAAGAGAAGGAGGAAAACAAAGAAAGGCCACCUUUGUGCUAGGUUCGAUAGAGGUUACAGCAUUGCCUGACCAAGAAGCUUCGGUGCCUCCAAAGACUGCAUUCUCUCUGGGAUAGGAAGGAAAACCCUUCGCUGUUGCUUUCCUUAACAUUUUUUACUUCCCUAAAGCUUAAUAAAAAAAAAAAAAAAUUCUGAAGCCCA